UGUCCACAAAGGAAAAGAUUGGACGGGUGAAACGCGACGAUCAUACGGUUGUCCGUACGUUGUCAGUCGCAGUAGAUGUCGUUUUCUUUUGGAGCCGUGACAAACCAAGGCAAAUGGCUACAGCUCGACUAUGUCGCUGGGUAUCUUUCAGUGUUACAGCUUAACGGAAAACGGUCGGUGGUGAUUGGUCUGGGCGCGUGUCUGACAGCCUUGUCUGGGUAAACUGUCGAGAGAAAGAGGAGGGUCUUUCACGGAGCCUUUUAUUUAUUUCUUUGUUUCCAGUGUGAGGGGAAAAAAAUAAUAACAACAGCUAGCUAGCUAAGCUAGCUGUAUUCGUUGCGGAACUUCAAUGUGGCUCCGUUCGACUGCGACAGAAAGCUGGACCAUAUUGCGAUAGGCGUUAGAAAUCCAAAGCGAAGGGAAGGAGGAUGAAGCGGCGCAAUGCGGACUGCAGCAAGCUCCGACGGCCGUUAAAACGGAACCGGAUCACCGAGGGCAUAUACGGCAGUACCUUCCUGUACCUGAAGUUCCUGGUAGUGUGGGCCCUGGUGCUGCUUGCAGACUUUGUGCUGGAGUUCAGGUUUGAGUACCUGUGGCCAUUCUGGCUCUUUAUCCGGAGUGUGUACGACUCCUUCAGAUACCAGGGCCUGGCUUUCUCAGUGUUCUUUGUAUGUGUGGCGUUUACAUCAGACAUCAUUUGCCUGCUCUUCAUCCCGGUGCAGUGGUUGUUUUUUGCUGCUAGCACCUACGUUUGGGUGCAGUAUGUCUGGCACACAGAAAGAGGGGUCUGCCUCCCCACUGUGUCGCUAUGGAUACUCUUUGUUUAUAUAGAGGCAGCUAUAAGAUUCAAAGAUCUGAAAGACUUCCAUGUGGAUCUCUGUCGUCCAUUCGCAGCACACUGUAUUGGCUACCCUGUGGUGACCCUGGGCUUUGGCUUCAAGAGUUACGUGAGCUAUAAGAUGCGUCUGCGGAAGCAGAAGGAGGUGCAGAAGGAGAAUGAAUUCUACAUGCAGCUGCUGCAGCAGGCGCUACCUCCAGAACAACAGAUGCUGCAGAAACAGGAGAGAGAAGCAGAGGGGGCUGCUGCAGCCAAAGGCGUCCACGACACCGACUCUCCUCCUGUAGCUCAGAACGGCUCAGCUGGCGGCAGGAAACCCACUCCGAGUCCGUUACCAGAGCUGGAAUACCGGGAGAAGGAGCGUGCGAAGGCAGAGAGCAGGGAGUCCAAGAAGCAGCUCAACCAGAACCAGAACCAGAACCAUCACAGCGUCAGCAGCGUCCUGUCUGUGGCGGACUGCCGGACCCAGGAGCUGGAAUACAUGGAGAACCACGUGGGUGGGGAAAGACUGAGCAGCUCCAAGCUGCUGGGCAGCACUGAGAACCUGCUCCUUAAAGAGGACAACUCUUCAUCAUCAUGCUCCUCCUCUUCGUCUAACUCCUCCAAAAAUUAUAAAAACCAUGCCACCGGAGGGGGUGUGGCCGGGGGGAACUCGUCACCCCGUGGACAUGGAACAGCCAAUGGCAGCGUUCCCUCAUCCACGGUGACGCCCUCGUCAUCCUCUUCCUCAGGGAAAGGGGAGAAGAAACAGAAAUGUGGGGGAGGGAAAGGGGCAGGGUCACACCGGGAUCCAGUGGACAACUGCAUCCCCAAUAACCAGCUCAGCAGGCCUGAGGCGCUGGUCAGGCUGGAGCAGGAUGUGAAGAAGCUGAAGGCAGACCUGCAGGCAAGCCGUCAGACGGAGCAGGACCUGCGGGGCCAGCUGGGCUCUCUGGGUAACGCAGAACGCAGCGUGCGUGUGGAGCUCAGCCAACUCCGCCAUGAGAAUGAGCUGCUGCAGAACAAGCUCCACAGUGCUGUGCAGGCCAAGCAGAAGGAUAAGCAGACGUUGGGGCAGUUGGAGAAGCGUCUGAAGGUGGAGCAGGAGGCUCGAGCGGCAGUCGAGAGGCAGCUGGCCGAAGAGAAGAAGCGCAAGAAGCUGGAGGAGGCAACAGCUGCACGUGCCGUAGCCCUUGCAGCUGCCUCCAGAGGUGAGUGCACAGAGUCUCUGAGGAGGAAAAUCUCUGAACUGGAGACAGAGUGUAAGAAACUCACACUGGACAUUAAAGUCAAAGAGGAUAUGAUCCGGGAACUUGAACUCAAAGUCCAGGAGCUGCACAAGUAUAAGGAAAACGAGAAGGAUACGGAGGUGUUGAUGUCAGCCCUGUCAGCCAUGCAGGAGAAGACGCAGCACUUGGAGAACAGCCUGAGUGCAGAGACCAGGAUCAAGCUGGACCUCUUCUCAGCUCUCGGUGAUGCCAAGAGACAGCUGGAGAUUGCACAAGGUCAGAUCUUGCAAAAAGACCAAGAGAUAAAAGACCUGAAGCAGAAGAUUGCGGAGGUGAUGGCCGUCAUGCCCAGUAUCACUUACUCGACAGACACCAGCAGCAUGAGUCCCGUCACCCCUCACUACUCCUCCAAGUUUAUGGACACCAGCCCUUCCAGCCUGGACCCCAAUGCAUCUGUUUACCAACCUCUCAAAAAAUGAAUGCCCACCAGUCCAGCUCACAACUCACCAUCCACCCCCACCUCUCUCUCUCUCUCUCUACCCCCCCCUUCUGGUAUUUCUGAAGCUCCAUAUGUUUUGGGACUUUUUAGGCGUGUUCCCCUACUGCUGCUUCUCGCCUGGUCAGAAGGAUGUUGUAUUGUGUGACUGUAAUUGUUGUAGUAAAAAAAUGAAUGGAAAAAAAAGAGACUUUUAAGGGACAUCACCUGUCGAGUAGGAUAUCUGCUGAUGAUUUUAAGGGACAUCACCGGUCGAGUAGGAUAUCUGCUGUUGUUUUUUUUUUUUUUCUCUUGUAAAUGUUUAUAAACCUCACAGUAGUUGGCGUGCAAUCCCCCCCUCAUUUAGUGCAACUUCAGCCUCCUCUCGUUCAUCCCACAGUUAUAUUUGACUUUGAAUCGUUAAUGUUGUUUUGUUUCUUUGUUUUUUCCUUCUUAAAGGAAGGUGGGGGCAAAGUGUCCGUUGUUCAACUGGAGGUCCUACAAGCUGGAAAGCUCCAUGCUACCUUAGAAUUCCUGAAUGUUCUGUUUAGGAAAGUGAGUUUUCUGGAAGAACGUCAUCACCUAAUGAUUCAAAUGGAUUGCAGUGUUUUCACACCCUUUUCUCUAAAAUGUGAUGUGUAUAUAAAGGUUGUUUUGUUGUCCAUUUUUACACAUGAAAGGUGCCACCAUACCAACAAAUUAGAAUUAUUUUUUUUUUUUUUGUUAGUGGGAAAUAUCUAAAAUGUAAUUAGAAAAAUACUUUUAGGUCCAGCAGCCCCAAACAGUCUUGUCUUGCAGUCAUAGAUAACCAGUGCCUUUAGUUGGGACCUCAUCGUUGGACCUGUAGGACAUUGCCCCCUGCUCAGCCCUGCCCCUUACUAUGACCGUAUGACUCUGCCCCGCCCCUUCAUAAGACUACACACCAUUGUUGGAGAACAGAUCUAGAUACAUUGUCAUAACACCACUCCCGCACUUCGUUUCCACUACAGAAACUUAACUUGAUUUGCCCUUGUUUACAUUUAUUUAUUCAGUUACAUUUGCACUGUGCUUCAAUGUAGAUUAGAAGGGAAAAGGUAAAUUUAGGUGGAUAUUGUGCAGUGUUCAGAGAGACCUGGAGCAUGUUCGAUUACUCUUGAGGUGUACUACACUGGCCAGUCAGUCUAUCUGAUGAGUGCUAAAAUGUAGUCCAGUGCCAUGUACCUAGGGCUAUAAUUUUGUUUAUCCAGAUUUUGAAUGCUAGGGUAAUGCCAGAAGCAGCCAUCAGAAUUGUUAAAGUGUAUUUUUCUCUUUUGAUGUCUUGGUAGCAGAGAGCUGUUUGGUGUUGCCACAUGAUGGCGCUGUUGUACAUAGGAAAGUAUUUGGAUUAACGUUCUCAGUGUUGCAGAGUUCGCACCCUGCUAAGGAAACAAGUGUUAAGGAAAGAAUGCCUCAGUCAGAAGCCAGCAGUUACCCUCUUCCUCAAGACCCUUCUCACAGAUUUUAAACCUGUUACAGGUGCUUGCAGACCCUCCAUUCAGUCCCACCUGCAUGUUGACUGGCUGCUGAUUAGUUUAUUAGUUCGUGUUCAGUGGGGAACCUUAGAGUGUCCCACAGGUUUGUGGCAUCAAGAGACGCGUGCCAGCAGAUAAACACGCAGUGAUGCGUGAGGACGGAAGACAGCUGGAAUCCUGGAACCCCUGACCAGGAAGGGGUUCUAGAAUCCUGGCAGAUUGGCUGGAGAAUCCACAGAAGCGAUGGUGAUGUAGAGGGAUCCAGGGAAGGCAAGUUAUGUUUUGGCUUUGGGUGUUGCGGUUUCAGUCCCAUGAAAAUGAAUGCCUUGCUCUUUGCUGGUAUUACUGCUUCAGUAGUACAGGAGUGAAAUAGCUGGAGUGAGUCCUAUGUGGUGUUCUAGUGUUCAGCAGUGGCUACGAGUUAUACAGGUGAGUGUGUUGUUUAAAUUCUGGUGUCAAGGAGUAGUUUCAGCAGACUGCAGGGUUUGUCUGUGGGAGAACUAGUGAGAAAUGUAGAAAGUUAAAAUGAGAAGAGGAGAAAGCACUGGUUUGUGUUCUUGGCCCUACAUCACCUCUCCCUCUCCUUUCUUUACAUCUAACCGUGACUGCAUUCUCACUCUGUGAGGUUUUUGAGGAAUAAAGUUUUUUUUUCUGGCAUCUUG